AUGGGCGAGCCCCCUAUCGUUGAGGGCAUUAGUAGCAGCGUAAUGGACUUGUUGGUUUCUGAUGGUACCCUAACACAUUACGUUGGGCCAAUAUCUGCUAAUGAUGCUGCGGGCUACAACCCCUUUAGCUCGCUGAUGUACACACGAGAUGGGUUGUUUGCCCUCUACUCGAAGAAAAGGGAGCGUGGAGGGCUAGGCAGUCUUGUUUUUAAGUCUCUCACUGAGCAGCUGCAGCACAUCAAGACUAUGCUGAGUAAAUGGAAAGAAAUGGAUGACAGGGUCUCAACGCUUUGCGGCUCCACCACCACUACUGCAAUGACGGACGGCACAAAAGCAGCUGGCUGCGUCGGCCCGCUGCCAACGGCCGGGCUGAUUGGAUUUUUGUCUAACAAUGCCAGCGAUACUCACUGGAAUGACGAGUACCUCGGGGUGGGCGCCACGGUGUCUACGGGAAUGAUGACGAAGGCUGAGAAUGGCUUCCGGUUGGCAGGGCGUGGUGCACGGAUUGUGUGGCCAAUGGGCAGGCAGGAGGAUAAUCCAGUGCAGAGUUAUGUGGGUGAGGAGCUGGCGCUUGUGGCGACGGUGACCAUCAGCAAAGUUCCAACGCUUACCACCCUGUUGCUGGGUGUGAGCACGGUGGGUCCCAACGGGAAGUAUGUUGGCCUGUGGCACGACGAGCAUCAGCACUGGAAGACGAUGCUCAGGGAGGAAGGGAAUGCAUUAGCGGUUACGUGGGGGGUGGGGACGGCGUACCAAGUGGCGCUUACGGUGCAGAAUGACGGCUGCUCGGCGUACGUCGACGGGGAGCUUGUGGGGAGUUUGGGGGAUUAA